AUGGGGAAAACAUUGAGUGAGUUGCAUAGCAUGCUAAAAACAAUAGAGGAAAGCAUUAAACAAAAUAUCAAUCAUGUGAUGAUUGUACAGAAGGAGAAUAAAAAGAGGAAGCAUUGGACGCCUCCUAAAGGCAAAGCUAAGGGAAAGGUUCCCAAUGAGCCCUCAAGCUCUAAGCAAAAGCCAAAGGUCAAAUCUGGACCUACUGCUGAUGAUGAAUGCUUCCAUUGCAAUGCCAAGGGACACUGGUCAAGGAACUGCAAGAAAUACUUGGAAGACAAGAAAAAGAAGGGAGGGCCUGACAAGGAUUAG